UCACUGUAACCAUAUAUCGAAGCUCGUCACUCCAGUAAACAUGUCUGGUAGAGGAAAAGGCGGCAAAGGUCUCGGCAAGGGAGGCGCCAAGCGUCAUCGCAAAGUCCUUCGUGAUAACAUCCAGGGUAUCACUAAGCCCGCUAUCCGCCGAUUGGCUCGUCGCGGCGGAGUAAAGCGUAUCUCCGGUCUCAUCUACGAGGAGACUCGCGGUGUGCUGAAGGUCUUCUUGGAGAACGUCAUCCGUGAUGCCGUAACAUACACCGAGCACGCUAAGAGGAAGACCGUAACAGCCAUGGACGUGGUCUACGCUCUGAAGAGACAAGGGCGUACUCUCUACGGUUUUGGCGGCUAAAUUUGAAAUCGACACCAACAAACAAACGGCCCUUUUCAGGGCCUUCACUUUAUCCACAGGGCAUUUAAUUCCAGCUAAUAAGUCAUACCACAUAUUAUAGCAUUUAAAACUCCAUUCUGUGCUCGUACCUAUGACAUAACAAGCAGAAUUUUUGUUUACUGCGUAGUACUACUUUAUGACGUUUAGGUGCAACAUAGUUUAAGAUAAAAAGGCUACAAUGACGUUGUAGUAAAAUGUGUAUUUUGCAUUAAAGGCUUUAUGCUGCAUUUGAGGGAAAUCUGAUUUUCCAUCCUCCCACCAGUAAACGCCACUCGAACUGAGAAGUCCUAGUCAUGAAAUCUGAAAAAAGUACCCCGAUUUCAGCAGUUGCUUCAAUCUGACGUCACUAAAAAAUGGUGCUACCAGUCGAAAAGCACACCGUCGAUGGUGAAACACAAACGAUAAUAAAAAAUAAAAAAGUUUUAACACAACGACACGUAACAGAUUUUUACAGCCAUUGCAUUAAGUUAUGAUAUGUACAUAUUUAUAUUUAAAAUUAUACAAAUAUAUCUCUUUGAUGAUUUACUACAAGGCAGGUUUGCUGGAGGUCAAAAUGUCUUUUAAUG